AUGGGUCUCUGGUGUGUGGUCACCAUGCAAGUUGCACAUGUGCCUCAAGCCGCUCGCUUCCUCAAUAAAUAUUUGGUGACUUGUCCUGGUAAAGUGGAUUUGAAGACGAAGCAAACCAGUGGAGGUGAAACGGUACAACUCCCUCCAUUGUUUAUGUGUCAUGGUGAACGUGAUGAUCUGGUCAAGAUGGAGUGGGUUGAGGAAACGUUCAACACACUUACAAAUCUCGGAGUCACUGCAGAAUUCCACCGCUUUCCAAACAUGCUGCACGAACUGAAGAAAAAGGAGUUGGAAAUGUUAUACGGCUGGAUAAAAAAUAGGGUAAAAUAUGAAGGGAUUUGA